AUGACUGGAAUUAUCGAAGAGAUGAUUAACAACGUAUGGCGCUUCCAACGCGGGUACAAGGUUGAGCCUGGAGGGAGGAAGAAUCCCGACAAUUUCAAGCACUACCGCCCAUGGGGUUUCACUAUCUACCGCACCUAUUACGGAAAGGAGUCCGACGAGCAUUGGCAUUCGCUUCUGCAUUCUUUAAGACAUCAAACAAAACUGGCAUUUGGAGCCUUCGAAAAAGACAAGGAAACAGACCAAGAUGAUAGGCAACGGCUUAAGGAACUGUUCGAACUAGAUGUCUAUGAGGAUCCCUCGCAACUUGAUGGACUCGAUGAACGAGGUCUCCGAGAAUUCUGCAACGCCGAAAUAUCCAAGGCGACCAAAGUUGUACAUAAAGCCAUUCACGAAAUCACCGUGAGCACGAGGCCUGUCGAGAAACAAGGCAUGUCAGACUAUGUCUACGGUUUUGUUUUGCUCGCCGAUGAAGCAGUCUUCAAGGACAUAGAGAAAGGAGAAUCUAUUGUCAAAACUGUCUCAUUGUACUGGGAUGGUUAUGCGGGUUGGGGAUGGAUGAGGAUCCCAACAGGCUAUCUAUUAGAAUUCUAG